AUGUCCACAGUGGAAAAAAGAGUUGCAGCAAUCAGAGCUAUUCGUGAUGUACAGAUUGAGCAUUUGCUGACUGAGUUACGUCUACUGCGCUCUUGUAUGACCGAGGAACAGAGGAGUCCCGUGCUUCAGUUUUUCACUGAAAAUCUUCCACAUCUAUCAUUUGAGCUAGACAGAGAAGAUGGGCAGUUCGAAGUCCAUUGGGGAAAUAAAGAUGGAAAAUUAUGUCUGGAUAACAAUGAUGGAAAAUUAUGUCUGGACAACACUGAUGGAAAAGCUCUACGUGCUUCACUUGUCCACCGAAUGUCCAUUGCUCAUUCUGGAAACUCUGAGGCAAUUCCAUACUUUGGCGGCUUUGAGUUUUCCAGUAAAGGGGGAAAAGCAGGCCUUUUUAGUUCAGAAAAUCUGCAAGUGAGUGACUUUGUUUUGGAUGAGCCAUCAGACUGUCAGAUGCUCGGUCUGCCGGAUACUCUUAGAACUCCUGGGCUGAGUAGCCAAAGGCUCUCCAUAGGGAUGACACCUAAAACCUUAAGGUUGCCUAAGCCUGGGGAGAUGCUUCUAUCUGUCCGUGGUUCUCCUCUCGGUGUCUACAAAGAAGAGAACAUGGAAGUGAUAAAGGAAUCUGAUGAAGAUUGACGAGAUUUAAAUCUGUCAGGCAUCAUGCUUCAGGAGUGGCAGCAAAAUGUUGAUUCAGUCUAAUUGCCACUGCUAUAAUAGAGAAGCUUUUGCCAUGAUUAGUGAAUCUGAGCUUGUAUGGAAAAUUGAAUUGCUGCUGCUUAUUCUCCUAACAUUGGAAAUAGGUGCUGGGCUACUGCACUGUCUCGUUUCUGGGGAUGUAUUCGUCUUUUUUAUGUCAAUGGGUCAAGUAGAUUAUUGAGCUUGUUCAGUCACAUGCACCAUCAAAUGUUUCUUCUGCAUAGCUAACUCAGGUUUGCUGAUCCAUUGCCUUUGCCUGUCAAUCUCAAAAAAUAUUUUUCAA